AUGGCGGAGCGGAGAAUCUCCUAUGCUGUCGACGUCGAAAAUGGCGAACGUCACACUCGUGAAGCCGGUGAGGAGGGCAACCUCGAUGAGUACUCUGCCUUGAACCGGUACAUCUCGACUGCCAAGGAUGGCCGUCGUGGUUCUACUUCUUCCGCUGGUGCUCUCAGCUCCGGUGAGGAGAAGAAGAAGCCCUGGUGGAAGUUUGGUGGCAAGACCGACGGUGUCUCCGACGGCUUUGUUACCCCCGAUGACUGGCUUGAGACUGACCUGCGCGCCGGUCUGAGCUCCUCCGACAUCGAGCCCCGCCGCAAGAAGACCGGCUGGAACGAGCUCGUUACUGAGAAGACCAACAUCUUCAUCCAGUUCAUUGGUUACUUCCGUGGUCCCAUUCUCUAUGUUAUGGAACUUGCUGUCCUCCUCGCUGCCGGUCUCCGUGACUGGAUCGAUCUCGGUGUUAUCUGUGGUAUUCUUUUGCUCAACGCUCUCGUCGGUUGGUACCAGGAGAAGCAGGCUGCCGACGUCGUGGCUUCUCUCAAGGGUGAUAUUGCUAUGCGUGCUAUCGUUGUCCGUAACGGUCAGGAGGAGGAGAUCCUCGCUCGUGAGCUCGUUGCUGGUGACAUUGUUAUUGUCGAGGAGGGUACCGUUAUCCCUGCCGAUGUCCGUCUGAUCUGUGACUACGCCAAGCCCGAGAUGUUCGAGGCAUACAAGGAGUACCUCGCCAACGCCACCGACGACACCCUCAAGGAGAAGCACGGUGAUGAUGACGAUGAUGAGGGUGAUGUUCACCAGGGUGUUUCCCUCAUUGCUUGUGAUCAGUCCGCCAUCACUGGUGAGUCUCUCGCUGUCGACAAGUACAUGGCCGACACCUGUUACUACACCACCGGUUGCAAGCGUGGCAAGGCCUACGGUAUUGUCACCGCUACUGCUCGUCACUCCUUCGUCGGUCGUACCGCUGCCCUUGUUCAGGGUGCCCAGGACUCCGGUCACUUCAAGGCUGUCAUGGACAACAUUGGUACCUCCCUGCUCGUUCUCGUCAUGUUCUGGAUUCUCGCUGCUUGGAUUGGUGGUUUCUUCCGUCACCUCAAGAUCGCUACCCCUGAAGAUUCCGACAACAACUUGCUCCACUACACUUUGAUUCUCCUGAUUAUUGGUGUCCCCGUCGGUCUGCCCGUCGUUACCACCACCACUCUCGCUGUCGGUGCCGCCUACCUGGCCGAGCAGAAGGCUAUUGUCCAGAAGCUCACCGCCAUUGAGUCGCUCGCUGGUGUCGACGUUCUUUGCUCUGACAAGACCGGUACUCUCACUGCCAACCAGCUCUCCAUCCGUGAGCCUUACGUCUCUGAGGGUGUUGAUGUCAACUGGAUGAUGGCCGUCGCUGCUAUUGCCUCUUCCCACAACAUCAAGAACCUCGACCCCAUUGACAAGGUUACUGUCCUUACUCUCCGUCGUUACCCCAAGGCUCGUGAGAUCCUGUCCCGCAACUGGAUCACCGAGAAGUACACUCCUUUCGACCCCGUCUCCAAGCGUAUUACCACUGUCUGUACCUGCGACGGUGUUCGCUACAUUUGCGCCAAGGGUGCCCCCAAGGCUAUCCUUAACAUGUCUGAGUGCUCCAAGGAGGAGGCUGAUCUCUACCGUGCCAAGGCUGGUGAGUUCGCUCGCCGUGGUUUCCGUUCUCUCGGUGUUGCCGUCAUGAAGGAGGGUGAGCCUUGGCAGUUGCUGGGCAUGUACCCCAUGUUCGAUCCCCCUCGUGAGGAUACCGCCCACACUAUCGCUGAAGCCCAGGUUCUUGGUCUCUCUGUCAAGAUGUUGACUGGUGACGCCAUCGCUAUCGCCAAGGAGACUUGCAAGAUGCUUGCUCUCGGUACUAAGGUUUACGACUCUGAGCGUCUGAUCCACGGUGGUCUCGCUGGUUCCGCCCAGCACGACCUUGUUGAGAAGGCUGAUGGUUUCGCUGAGGUCUUCCCCGAGCACAAGUACCAGGUCGUCGAGAUGCUCCAGCAGCGUGGUCACUUGACUGCCAUGACUGGUGACGGUGUCAACGAUGCUCCCUCUCUCAAGAAGGCUGACUGUGGUAUCGCCGUCGAGGGUUCCACUGAGGCUGCCCAGGCCGCCGCCGAUAUCGUCUUCCUCGCCCCCGGUCUCUCCACCAUCGUCGAUGCUAUCAAGCUUGCUCGUCAGAUUUUCCAGCGUAUGAAGGCCUACAUUCAGUACCGUAUCGCUCUGUGUCUCCACCUUGAGAUCUACCUUGUUACUUCCAUGAUCAUCAUCAACGAGACCGUCGACUCUUCGCUCAUUGUCUUCAUCGCCCUGUUCGCCGAUUUGGCCACCAUUGCCGUCGCUUACGAUAACGCUCACUUUGAGGCCCGCCCCGUCGAGUGGCAGUUGCCCAAGAUCUGGGUUAUCUCCGUCGUUCUUGGAAUCAUGCUUGCUGCCGCCACCUGGAUCAUCCGUGGUACCCUCUUCCUCGAGAACGGUGGUAUCAUUCAGAACUUCGGUUCUCCCCAGGAGAUUCUCUUCCUCGAGAUUGCCCUUACUGAGAACUGGUUGAUCUUCGUCACUCGUGGCGGUAAGACCUGGCCCUCGUGGCAGUUGGUCAUCGCCAUCUUUAUUGUCGAUGUCCUCGCCACCUUGUUCUGUGUCUUCGGCUGGCUCGCGCCCGACUGGGAGCAGACCUCUCCCCGUGACCCCGCUGGACCUGGCUUCUCCAAGAACAACGAUGUCGACAUCGUCACUGUCGUUGUCAUCUGGGCCUACUCUAUCGGUGUGACUGUCAUCAUCGCCGUUGUGUACUACCUCCUGACCAUCGUCCCCGCUCUGGACAACCUUGGCCGCAAGACCCGCUCCAAGGCCGACACCCAGAUCGAGAACAUGAUCGCCCACCUUUCCAAGCUCGCCAUCGAGCACGAGCAGGACAAGGAUGGCAACUCCCGCUACACCCUCGGUGCUCGCUCCGACGAUGUGGAGGAGGACGAGUAA